UCUGUAGUGGCUUUUUUCCUCUUGUCUGGGGGUCAGAGGAGAAGAGCCAGAGAAUGUCCAGAGCAGCAGGGAACCAGACCCCCUCUGGGGCCACAGAGGACUAUUCCUACGGCAGCUGGUACCUCGAUGAGCCCCAGGGCGGCCAGGAGCUCCAGCCUGAGGGAGAAAUGCCCUCCUGCCACCCCAGUGUGCUGCCUGGCCUCCUCCACACCUGCUUGGCCGUGCUGUCGAUUGUUGUGUUGCUGCUGCUGGCCCUGCUGCUGAGGCGCCGCCAGCCCUGGCUCCACUGUGGGCACGGCAGGUCCAGACUGCCCAGCCCUGUGAAUUUCUUGACUGCGGAUGGACCCUGGACCGUGCCCACUGCUAUCUUCAUGGUCCUCUUCAGCUCCCUGUGUCUGCUGCUCCUGGCUGAGGCCCCACUGCCCUUCCUCGCCCUGGCCUCACCAUCCAGCCGAGAUGGGGAAACCGAGGCUCCAAGAGGGUCCUGGAAGAUGCUGGCCCUGCUCUAUUACCCUGCCCUCUACUACUCCUUGGCCGCCUGUGCCACAGUCAGGCAUGAAGCCUCACACCUGCUUGGCAGCACACUGUCCUGGGCUCACUUUGGGGUCCAGGUCUGGCAGAGGGCAGAGUGUCCCCAGGGGCCCAAGAUCUACAAGUACUACUCCCUGCUGGCCUCCAUGCCCCUCCUUUUGGGCCUCGGAUUCCUGAGCCUGUGGUACCCAGUGCAGCUAGUGAGAAGCUUCAGCCAUAGGAUAGGAGCCGGCUCAGAGAGGCUGCAGGGCAGCUUCCCUGAGGAAUAUCUGAAGACCCUCCUCUGCCUGAAGAAGCUGAGAAGCAGCUCCCACACAUUCAAGCGUGGCUUCCUGCCCCAGGCCUGGAUCUGCUUCAGACACUAUGUCUACACUCCACAGCGAGGAUUCCGACUCCCGCUGAUGCUCGUGCUUUCAGCCACGCUGACAGGGACGGCCAUCUACCAGGUGGCCCUGCUGCUGCUGGUGGGUGUGGUACCCACCAUUCAGAAGGUGAGGGCAGGAAUCACCACGGACGUCUCCUACCUGUUGGCCGGUUUUGGAAUUGUGCUCUCAGAGGACAAGCAGGAGGUGGUGGAGCUGGUGAAGUACCACCUGUGGGCUCUGGAAGUUUGCUACAUCUCGGCCUUGGUCCUGUCCUGCUCACUCACCUUCCUCGUGCUGAUCCGCUCGCUGGUGACACACAGGGCCAAUCUUCGAGCUUUAUACCGAGGGGCUGCCCUGGACCUGGGCCCCCUGCCUCAGAGUCCCCACCCCUCUCGCCAGGCCGUAUUCUGUUGGAUGAACUUCAGCGCCUACCAGACUGCCUUUACCUGCCUUGGGCUCCUGGUGCAGCAGAUCAUCUUUUUCCUGGGGACCACAGCCCUGGCCUUCCUGGUGUUGAUGCCUGUGCUCCAUGGCAGGAACCUUCUGCUCCUCCAGUCACUGGUGUCUUUGUGGCCCUUCUGGCUGACCUUGGCCCUGGCUGUGACCCUGCAGAACAUGGCAGCCCACUGGGUCUUUCUGAAGACUCACCAUGGAUGGCCAGAGCUGACCAACCGCUGCAUGCUCUAUGCAGCUACCUUCCUUCUCUUCCCCAUCAACGUGCUGGUGGGCGCCACGGUGGUCACCUGGCGCAUGGUCCUCUCUGCCCUCUACAAUGCCGUCCACCUUGGCCAGAUGGACCUCAGCUUGCUCCCACCUAGAGCUGCCACUCUUGACCCUGGCUACCACACCUACUGCAAUUUCUUGAAGAUUGAGGUCAGCCAGUCGCAUCCAGCCAUGAUAGCCUUCUGUGCCUUGCUCCUGAGAACGCAGAAACCCCAGCCCUGCACGGCCCCCCAGGAUGGCUUCAGACUGGGGGCAGGAGAAGAAGGGAUGCAGUUGCUGCAGACCAAGGACUCCAUGGCCAAGGGAACGGGGCCCAGAGCCUGCCAAGCCAAGGCUCGCUGGGGUCUGGCCUACACGCUGCUGCACAACCCGGCCCUCCAGGCCUUCCGGAAGAGGUCUCUGUUAGGUGCCCAGGCCAAUGGCACCCAGCCCUGAGAGUGGGGAACACCAAGGCAUGUGUCCCCAUCUUUGGAUGCUUCCCCUCUUCCCAGCCCAUUCACUCCCUGGCUCUCCCAGAACCACCCAGCCAUGGCAGCCUCUCUGCUUAGCACCCGCUCUGCCAGCACUUCCCAGGAUCAAUAUCCCAGUGACCGGCCCUCAAGGCUGGCGGUCACUGUGGUUGAGUGAAGGUCUGUCUACACUUUGAGCCUUAGAAGGGCUCUAGUCUGCGCCCUUGGCCUUGGCAAGCCACAGGCUCUAAAGAAAAUGGUAGUUUAGGCCCUUGGUCCAGGAGCCAGUGGAAACAGAAAAGCUACAUCCAAGUCUCUCCAUGUUGGCCCUGCUCCAGCCUCCAGGGUUGGUGAUUGCAGCUGGGACAGCCUCAAGCUCCAGCUCAGCCCCAUCUCUGCCCUGACCUCACCGCCGUUCUGCAGCUUCCCCUCUCCUCUCUGGGGUCUCGUGGCCAGCAGGGCAGCCAGGAGGAAGCCCAUGGGCUCCUACCUGCAACAAACUCAUGGCUCACGUCAGGCCCCACACUGAGAUGCCCACGCUUGAGAGCUGAUAUUUUUGUAGUUGGUAUGCCUUUAGAUAUUAUAAAAGAGG